UCGGAAGACGCCUGUCGGAAAAUAUACGAGGCUAACAUCGAUCCAGAUAUGUUGUCUACCUACUUCCCUGGAGGAUUUCUGAAGUCCACAAAGCUGUGUGCUGGCACUGAACAGGGAGACAUGGACGUCUGCUCGGGUGACUCAGGCGGCCCCAUGGUGCUGCAGCAGAAGGACGGCAGCUUUGUGUUGGUGGGCGUCGUCUCGCUCGGCUUAUAUGACUGUGGCGUGCCCGGGAUACCCAGUAUCUACUCUCGGGUCAGCGCCUACCUGCAGUGGAUUGCCGGCGUCAUACGGGGCUCCAGCAGAGCCGCAGAGCUGAUCAGAGCGCUGCUCACCAAAUCACAGGUGCCAACAGCUGGCAGCCCGGCCCAGAGGUAUACGCCGGGAAAUAACGCAAUCCAAUUGCCGCUGCAAAGGGCAAAGUCGGGGGAUUUUCGAAGCCACGCCCAAUCGGCUCGAAAACAGACUGCCGCGAAGGGUGCAGGAUCAAAAGAUCGAACAAGCGAAUUCCGCGCCUAUGUAGAGUAUAUUCUUGGAAAAACUGGCAACUUGCCCCACAGAUCACGAGUAAUAUCAAGACAUGGAGAAGCGGCGAGUGCGACCCGCGAAUCAAUUAGAGGCGCAGCAUAUCAAUCGCCCAAGGAUCAUACUUAUGGGAAAACAGACACCUUACAGGGAUCCCGGGCCAAAUCGCAAGGCGAACAGACAGUCGCUGCGGCCUCCUCAUCAAUAGGAGACGGCCAUGGAAAAACAGGCAUAACGUCCCAAGGAUCCCUGGUCAAAUCGCAAGGUGAUACUGUUGGUGCGGCCUCUGGAUCAAUUGGAGACGGUUAUCUAUCUUCUAAAGGACAUAUCAAUGGAAAAAGAAGCAUACCGUUCCAAGGAUCCCGGGUCAAAUCGCAAGGUGAGACUGUUGGUACGGCCUCUGGAUCAAUUGGAGACGGUUAUCGAUCUUCUAAAGGACAUAUCAAUGGAAAAAGAAGCAUACCGUUCCAAGGAUCCCGGGUCAAAUCGCAAGGUGAGACUGUUGGUGCGGCCUCUGGAUCAAUAGGAGACGGCUUCCGAUCUUCUAAGAGACAUGCUAAUGGAAAAAUAGACGCAACAGCAGAAGGGUCCCGGCUCAAAUCCCAUAGAGAGGGAGCAGUCGGCGCGGCCGGUGCAUCCCUAGAAACUGGUCAUCUUUCUCCUAAAGAUCCUGUCAAUGGGAUAACGUCACACGAAUCGCAGGCGAAAGUGAGCAGUGGACAGGCAGGCGGUAUAGCGGUAGCAGAUGAAGCAGACAUUCAUCGAUCACUUACGACGAGCUCGCAAGCUCAGCAAAAGCGAUCAGGAGCCCUGGGUGCCGAUCACUCCCUCGAGACAAAACACGCCAGCCGUAAGCUGUAUUCACCACGUGAGGCAUUGGCUGGGUCGUCGGUUAUACGGGAUCAAAGAAUAGGACUUGUCGACAACAGGGAUGUUGCUCUCGCUGAACAAGUGGGGAUCGGAUGGCAACAAGGUAUUGCGACAAAGGAGCCUGGCAGCGUGUCACUUCGACAGAAAAUUGAGACAUCUAUUGAUGAUCCUAAAGUUCAAGAUAGAGAAGCCACAGUCUCUGGUCUGGCAACGGAUGGCAAUGCUGGUACGAGGGUGGGUGCUACUGAGCUGGAUAAAUCUAGCUCUGUAAAAACCUCGGUUGGUCAAGCAUCCCAGAACAAACCUGCUUCAAUAUUACAACAUAAAGUCGGUUCAACUUCACAGACCAGGGAUGGUCCAAAGUUCCAGCCCAAAACAACUCCAACAGCUCAGCCUGCAGUCAUUCCAACAUCUCCACCCACACGCUAUCCCUCACCACCGCCCUCACCCAGUCCAACAAAGCCGGCAGAGCAGAAAACCUGGCAAGAGCUGUUGAAGGACGUCAUGAAAGAAUAGCGUAGUAACCAGCGCUGAUGCAUUUUGGUUUCGGUAACCUAGAGCAUACCUGACAUCCUUCUCAAUGCACACACAAAUGGAAAGUCUUUGUUUGGAGUGAGGUGAGUGCACCUCCAACAAGCGAUAUGGACUGGAAAGGGCUGUUCAAAAUAUACGAAUACAGUUUGGUUAGGUAUAUUCUAUUGUAUUGUGCUAAAUAAAUGUCC